ACACCGCGCGUCCCGUUAGGUUUCCAAGUCCUGCGAAGAUGGCGACUACAGGGAGGAGUGCAUUAUUAUCCUCCACAUCAGCUGGACCUAAGAGCACACUGGAGAGCUCCAACCCAGACGAGGAGGACGGGCAGGACCUAUGGUCCACCAUCCUGAGUGAAGUGUCUACCCAUUCAAGAUCAAAGCUACCGUCUGGGAAAAAUGUCUUGGUCAUGGGCGAGGUGGGCUCGGGGAAGACCACCCUGGUGGCGAAGCUACAAGGCAUUGAGGAGUACAUGAAAGGACGUGGCCUGGAAUACCUCUACUUCAGUGUUCACGACGACGACAUCGACGAUUACACCCGGUGCAACGCGUGGGUCUUGGACGGCGACCUCUACCACAAAGGUCUGCAGGGAGUAGCCGUUCCGGUGGGCUCGAUCGAAGACACCCUGCUGCUGAUAACGGUGGACAUGUCACGGCCGUGGAACGCCCUGGACUCCCUGCAGAAGUGGGCGGCCGUCGCUAGGGAACACAUCGACAAACUCCGGAUCGCUCCAGAAAAGCUGCGGGAGCUGGAGCACAAGAUUGUGAAACAGUUCCAGGAGUACGCGGAGCCGGGCAGUGGAGAGGACGGCACGCCGCAGAGGAGGAGCGACGAGGAGGAGGGCGUGCUGCUGCCGUUGGGGGACAACACACUGACGCACAACCUAGGCAUACCAGUGGUGGUGGUCUGCACCAAGUGCGACGCCAUCAGCACGCUGGAGAAGGAGCACGACUACAGAGACGAACACUUGGACUUCAUCCAGUCCCACAUCAGACAUUUCUGUCUGCAGUACGGCGCCUCCUUGCUUUACACGUCGGUGAAGGAGAUGAAGAACCUGGACGUCCUCUACAAGUAUCUCGUCCACAGACUCUACGGCUUUCCCUUCCGCUGCCCCGCCCAGGUGGUGGAGAGGGACGCCGUCUUCAUUCCGUCAGGUUGGGACAACGAGAAAAAGAUCGCCAUACUUCACGAGAACUUCCAGGCGCUGAAAGCGGACGACGGCUACGAGGACGUAAUAGUCAAACCGCCAGUUAGAAAGAUUGUCCACGAAAAGGAGAUCCAGGCGGAAGACGACCAAGUGUUUCUGGUAAAGCUGCAGUCACUUCUUGCCAAACAGCCCGCGGUGACAGCGGGACGACCAGUGGACACCACCAGCAGGGCACCCACAGGCUCCCCGAGGACGAGCAAUCGCUCCGCAGCCGCCAACGUAGCCAACGCCAUGCCGCAGUCGGGUCAGACAAGCGAGGGCGUGCUGGCCAACUUCUUCAACAGUCUACUGACAAAGAAGGCCGGGACGGGGGGGCCCGGGACACCAGGUGGGAACAACACUCCAGGAACUGUACGGAAGUCAGGUUCAAAGCUGGGACUGAGCGACGUCCAGGCAGAGCUGGAUCGCAUAUCUAACCGGGAAACUGACUCGGACUUGUCCAAUGCCAACGACGCCGCCACCGACGGCCCGGACACAUGAACGGCAACGCGCUCCCCACCCCCCACCUCCCCCCUCACACUCUGCUCUCCUCCUCCUAUUCUCUCCUCAGCACCUCCAUCCACCUCCCCUCUUCCCCCCCCUCCUUCACCCUCCACUCCAUCAUAAAGAACGCGGUGGGGAGGGGGAUCGGACGGGCGGACAGGCACCGUCGUCCUCAUCACUUUCUACUCGAGGAGAAGAACUCGCCAUCUCUUACUCCUUCCCUCUCCGGCACUUUGUCCCCGCCUCUGCCCUGUUUUUUUUUUUGUUUUUUUUUGUCUUCUCGGCUGUUACACCAAGGACAAGUUUGUGUCACUGUUACAUGCAAGUACGCGUCUGUGGGGAAAGGGGUGGGGGUGGGGGGCUAAAAAACGAUUGACUGACAAAAAUGAAAGCGAGGGGGUUUCCUCCAUCCAUUUAUUGCGAUGGUACCGUCUGUGUGUUUUUACAGUAUAGGUGCUGAGGGCGCAUGUUGAUGAAACUGCACUUGGGUAAAGCAGGAGCGAUUGUGAGAGGCAACAGAUGGAGGACAAAACAAAAAAAAACGAAACAAAAAUGCAAAUUGUCUUCUUUUUUUUCUUUUUUU